AUGGUGGACGAGGUUGACGUGAUCCUGGAGGGAGAUGAGAACGAGGUGCUGGAUGUUGGUGCCUUCGACGUCGACCCCGUGCUCGGUGAAGAUGUGUGGCUGCUGGGCAAGGUUUUGACCAGUUCUCGGGUAAGCUUUGGCCCUUUCAGGAGCGUGAUGCAAACACUAUGGUCGUCGCGUAAUUGCUUGGAGAUCCGCCAUGUUGGGUCCAACCUUUUCUCUUUCAGAUUCAAGAAAACCAAAGACAGAGACUUGGUGCUCAAGUCAGGCCCCUGGUUCUUCAACAGGCACAUGGUAGUUCUCAACAAGUAUGAUGUGAGCAUUAACCCAGGUCAGGUCCCUAUGUCUCAAGUGCCUUUCUGGGUGCAAGUGCAUGGCCUUCCCUUCACAUACCGUACGGAAACAGUAGCAAAAUCGCUGGCAAGAGGUUUUGAUGGCUUCCUUGAUUGGGACAAGCGUCGGGAUGGAGAGGGCCUCCGUAUCAGAGUAUGGGUUAGCCUGAACAAACCCCUUCGUAAGGGGCAGAUGGUGGCCGUGCCGGGGCGAGAACCGAUCAAGGCGAUCUUCAAGUACGAGAAACUAUAUGAUUUCUGUUUUCGGUGUGGCCAUAUUGACCACAUUAACCGUGACUGUGGGCUGCCCAGGGCCGCUGCUGGUGAACCUCAAAGGUUCGGGGCAUGGCUACGGGCUUCCGGAGGUAGAAAGCGUGGUGCUCAACAGAGGAACUUUGCCGAGGGGGUUGCUGCGGAAAAUGGCAACCGCCAGCGACACCGUGCGCGCCAAGGUGAUGUGCAUGGUGUUGUUGUGAACGUGAAUCAAGAGCAUGUGAAUGAGGCGGGAAAUAGGGAUGUCGUGAAGGACAACAACGGCAAGGCACCACUUGUGGAUGAUGAGAAUGGUGACGAGGACUGGUUUGAUGAGCAACAGGAGGAUGAGAAUGGUGAUACUUAUGAAGAUCUUUUGGGUGAGGAACAUGAGCAUGAUGGAGGUAAUAUUACAGGGCUGACUAUGCAUGAGAGGGAUGGACAAAAGGAUCCUUUGUUGAACCAGAGGAAGCGGUCAAGCGGGUCCUCUUCAUCGCUUGGCGUACGUGACACGGGGAUUUCCCCGCCUUUGAAGAGACAAAAUUCAGUUGGAUUGGGAUUGGCGGCGACCGCGGAGCGGUCCCGCCCACCUCAAUGA